AUGUUGAUUCUUUUAGCUUUGGUUGGCUUUCUUUCUUUGGGCUUGAGUGCGAGUUUGAAUUCGCAUCGCCGAGACGUCAAUGAUAUCGAUAAUACCGCUUCCGACCAACAAUUACAGCAAGACGAUGCUGUCGUCAGCUUCCCGCCGCCGCGCCAGACUAAUCAACAUACCCAUGAUCCGACCAUUCUCCGUGUGGGUGAUACCUUCUACCUAUACAAUGUCGGCCAGCAUAUCUUCAUUCAUACCGCCCCAAGCAUGGACGGUCCAUGGAAGCAUGUCGGCAGCGUGCUGGACGGAAAUAGUGUGAUUGGAAAGGGUGAUCGUGCUGCUCCGUGGGCACCUACCGUCAUUGCUGUAGAUGGCGUAUACUAUUGUUACUACAGUGUCAGUCGAGCCGGAUGUCGUGAUAGUGCCGUUGGAGUUGCAACCUCCAGCACACCUGGACCCGGCAAUUGGCAUGAUCACGGUAUCAUCGUCCAGACAGGAACAGGCAACGGAUCCGAAGUGGCUCCAUACACAGAUUCCAACGCCAUUGACCCCGCCACCAUGGUCACACCCGAUGGACAAGCCUACCUCACCUUCGGUAGCUACUGGAAGGGAAUCUAUCAGAUCCCACUUGCCAGUGACCUGAUUUCUCCCAUGAGCACGACUGAGCCCGAUUCUCGACAUCUCGCCUACGAACCCAAUGCCAUCAGUACUCCGAACCGGAAAGCAACCACUCUCUGCGGCGACCCCACCGGGCCCCAUGCUAUAGAAGGUGCUUACACGUCAUACCAUGAUGGCUUCUACUAUCUAUGGUUCAGUCACGGCAACUGCUGCAAUCUUGAUAUAAAGAAUCUGCCACCAGCUGGAAAAGAAUACAGCAUUCGCGUCGGUCGGUCCACGUCAGUCCGCGGACCCUUCAUCGACAAAGCCGGCAAAGACCUCGUCGAUGGCGGCGGCACCAUUGUCUACGGCUCUAAUGACGAAACCUAUGCCCCCGGCGGCCAAGGCGUGAUCCGCGUCGGCGAGACCGACAUGCUCUACUACCAUUAUCAAAACAAAACAAUCGGAGUCGCAUUCGCAGAUGCCUUCCUUGGAUUUAAUCCACUGAAGUACGUCAACGGAUGGCCCGUUGCUCAAGCUUGA